AUGAGUAGUGCUUCAGAAAAUUCCACAAGUGAUUUUUUGACGGAGGAAGUUCCUGCAAAAAUUUCGUCCAACCUGAAAUUAAUGGAAAUUUUGGAAAGCUAUAAUAUUAUAUUUAAUAAAUCACAAGUUCCUAAAAUAAAAGAGAAAAAAGAACAAGCAUAUAAAGAAAUCCAUCAAAAAUAUAUUUUGCAAAUAGGAAGGGAUUUAACUGAGAAACAACUAAAAAGGAAAAUCCAAAAUAUGAAGACCGAGUUGAAGAAAAAGACGGACAAAACUGGAACGGGAAAUAAGAAAAUAAAUGUUAUGAAGAUGUAA